AUGGGUUCGGGAGGUAGUGUACCGGCUAAGUCACGUAAUUUAGCCGGUGGUGGUGGUUGUGAUGUUGGUGGUGGUGGUGGUGGUGGUGGUGGUGGUGGUGAUGCCGGAGCUGAAAAUGGUGAACAGCAAAAAGUGGACCCACUAUUACCAUAUCCGAAUUUUCGAGAAUUAUUCACAUUGAAGAAUUAUUGGAAAACCGUAAGACGAAAUGAACGUGAUUGCGCCAAAAUGAUGUUUGCUAAAUACUUAAAGCAGAAUCCGGAUAAUAAGGAAAAAUAUCCGAAAUUGAAAAAUAUUGAUGUGGAGACGGUAAAUGCUGCAACGGUAGAUUCAGGUUUCGAAACGAUUGCAGCAAAUUAUUUGAAGGUUUUUGAUGAUGUAAUAACGAUAGUUGAAGAAAAACCAACGGACGUCUCCGAUGCUUGCACACGACUUAAAGCAGUCGGUAAAAUGCAUAGGAGUGAGACAGGUGGAAUUGAUGGCAGUGAUUUUCAAUUAAUGGAAGAACCAUUUUUGUAUAUGAUCAGCGAGAUAUUACAAGAUCGUUAUAAUGACAAAGCAGAAAAUUUGUUUAGGAAAUUUUAUCAGUUUUGUCUCAAAUAUAUUCUUGAAGGUUUCAAUUCAUAG